GGACUCCUCCUGACAUGGUGUAUUUACAGAAAGGCCCCUACAAUCGCGCCAUAAUUACGAAUUUGCGUACUAGUAGUGCGUUUUUAGGGGGUCGCGCGAGGCCCCAACUACUCGGAGGGAUUCCCUGCAUAAUAAACAACCCUCCUCCUCUUCUUCCUCCCGACCGCCAAAGCCCUAGAAGCCGCGCCGCCGACAUGUCGACGCCCUCCGCCUCCGGCGAAGCCGCCGCCGCCACGUACUACGACGUGUACGGCCCCAACGCUAAACCUGAUGUCAUUUUUAAGGAGGCCACUUCAAACUCUACAUUAAAUUUGCAGGAUGUUCAGGGGCUAGUAACUUGGGUCAUUGGUGAUGGCAUGUUACCUUCUUGGGUGUUUGUUAAAAACAAGCCUCUUAUACCGAAAGUUGUCCUUCUAUAUGUUCCUGGCCUUGAUGCAGCUUUAUACAUGUCGCAAUCCCGCCACCUUUCUUCUUUGAAAGAACUUUGUGGCAAUCCAAAACCUGUUCUAGCUUCAAGCUGCAUACCAGAUGAAAGGCAUACCAUCGAUGCACUCCUAACAUGCAGAGUAAAGCGAAAGCGCGGGUUAAAAACAACUAACCAAUCAAAUGAAUCUGAUGGCCAAGAAAAGCUAUCAAGUUUGGAUGACCUAAAGGACAUACCAUUUCCUGUUAAAUACUACACGCUUUCUGAAAAAGAGAUGGAGGAUAAUGGAUACAACUUCCAUUUACAAGGUUUUGUCCCUACUGUUUCAGCUCCUCCGGGCUCUUCUCCAUAUGGAAUUCUUGCACUUGACUGUGAGAUGUGUGUGACUGAAGCUGGAUUUGAACUUACAAGAGUGACAUUAGUUGAUAUUAAAGGAGAGGUGGUACUAGAUAAACUAGUUAAGCCUGCCAAUCCAAUCACUGAUUACAAUACAAGGUUCAGUGGAAUAACUGCUGAGAUGCUAGCUGAUGUGACCACAAACCUCCAGGAGAUUCAGGAGGAGUUUGUUGGCCUUGUGCACAAAGAAACGGUUCUUGUUGGGCAUUCUUUGGAAAAUGAUCUUACGGCAUUACGGAUAUCUCAUGAUUUGAUCAUUGAUACUGCUGUUCUGUACAAACACAAUCGUGGCCACCGCUUUAAGAUUGCUUUACGUGUCCUGGCAAAAAAGUUUCUUAACCGGGAAAUCCAGAACACAGGGUCUGGGCAUGACAGCGUGGAGGAUGCUAAAGCCACUCUAGAACUUGCUUUAUUGAAAAUAAAAAAUGGUCCUGAUUUUGGCUCACCGCCAUUGACGUCGCGACGAAAGUUGGCUUCUAUACUACAUGAUAGUGGGAAAAAAUGCUCUCUCAUUGAUGACGCCUCUAUUCUUGAGCGAUAUUCAGAUGAUGCUUGUAAUUCGAUAGCAGUUUUCUCAGAUGAUGAUGCGCUAUCCAGAUUAAUGAAAGAGGUAAAAAACAACAAAAUCAGUUUUGUCUGGACUCAAUUCUCAAAACUGCUAUCAUAUCUUCGUACAAGGGCCCAAGAUCCAGAUAGGGUGAAAUCAUGUGUUGCAGAGGCUAUUGCAUUGCAGACCUGUGAUAGAAAAACCGCCCAGAAAAAAACAAAGCAUCAAACUUGUCCUGAACUGAAGGAAAUUCUAAUUGAGUUGGACAAGAAAAUUAGAAAAUUAUACAGCGUCUUACCUGAUAAUGCAAUGCUUAUUGUAUGUAGUGGUCAUGGUGAUACACCUCUGGUGCAAAGUUUACGGAAAAUGCUGAAGCAUGAAGAAGAAACAAUAGAAGAUCGAGAAAGUAUCGUUAAAGCAUUAGAAGAUAUUCAAGCCCAGGCAGAAGUUGCUCUAUGCUUCUGUUGUGUCAAACAUUAGCUGCAUCUUUUAGACGAUAUACUCACAGACGUUAAUUUCAGGUAGGAUGGAGUCUCGUGCAUCCUGAACUAACAUUGUAACUUCAGGCUAACAUGGACUUCUGGAUUCAAUUUUGAAAGACGAAUUCCCAAUUUUGGGAAGCUUCACAUAUAUGUUUCCUAGGGUAGGACGGGUGGCAGAUAUCUGUCAUAAUGCAUCACGUGAACAAGUUGUGUCCGUGGCAAUUUACAGGGGAUAUAGUAGCAGAUGAGAUUAUUUGUCUUAAAUGUAAGCAAGCUGAAAACAGCUUCGGGAAAAAGAGAACAUAUUUGACUAAUUGCUUA